UUUGCUCGCUUUGUUUUCAAGUUUAGUAUUCGAUCAGCCUUUGUUGCGCUAGGUCGUCGUCAUGUCCGCGGAGGAUUCUUUGGUGGAAAUUCCACGCAGCGAGUGGCCCAAGCUGCGGGAUUCGUAUCUCCACAGGGACACGGAUCCCCAGGGCUAUUCGUGCAUAAAUAAUUUCAUCAAGUGGGUGGAGAUGGACCCGGAACUGAAAGUCAGUUUCCUGUCGCUGAAUGGGGACUGGCGGAGCGAUGGAACCUUUGUUCUAACCCUAGGUUCGGAAAUACGUAUGACCCAUAUUUACUUCAACACUCUGAGCGACAACUUGGAUCGCGUGACGAAAGCCCUAGAAUGUCUUAAGUACAUUGAUGGUGAAUACAUUUUCUUCGGGUUUGGUUCUCGAUUGAAGCCCGUGGUGGAGUAUAUUGACAGCAAAUAUUCCACCACUAAGGAACUGCACUUAAAUGAGACGGUUUGGUACAGUGCCAGCAAGGAACUCGUAGAUUCGUUUACUAUUCAGGCUCCUCCGGGCAUUACUCUACUCAACUUGGCCCUCGAAGAUGCCGAAACUAUCAAUGAAAUCUGGCCUCAUCGUGCACCCGGCUCCAUAGACUUUGUGAGAAGUUUAAUUAAAUAUAAUCUCAACUUGGGAGCCUACGACGACAACGGAAAGUUGGUUGCGUGGUGUCUGCGAUUGCCGAUUGGAUCCUUGGGCCUGUUGCAGGUUCUGGAGUCACACAAGCGCCUCGGCCUGGGCAGCUUGAUGGUGAAGUCGAUGGCCAAGAAGAUUUCCGCAACUGGAGAGCAAGUUUUGGCCCCAGUGGUGACGAAGAACACCGCUUCGAGGAGCAUGUUCGAGAAACUGGGCUUCCGAGCUAUAGACAAUACAUAUUGGGUUCACAUGCAGGUUUGAAGGCAGACCAUUUGAAAGAAAACCAAAAAAUACCACUUGCAUUAUUAUUAAAAUAAAUGUAAGUGAACAAUU